AUGGCUGAGCACGGUGAGCUGGCCCGAUCCGUGAUACUUUUCAAUUGCGGAGCCACGAAAUCGUUAGCCAGAUUCCUGCGGCCCAAUAUGACAAUUUAUGUGAUCGAUUCCAGGCGACCUUUCGAUCUCGACAAUGUGUAUUUUGAUGACAAUAUUCGCCUUUUUGCGAGCCACACCGAAAAGGGCAAAUUUCACAUUCCAACAAUUGAAGAGAUUGAAAUCACGGACAGUUCGUAUUCCGGUAGUAGCGAAAGUGAUGAUGAUUUGGACGAGGUUGAAGCGGAAUCGGUCGAGGAGGAAAUGGAUGAGGAAAUUGACCGGGCUACUUCCGGAGAAAGCAGCGACGAGGAUUGUUAUCAUGCAGAGGAAGAAGUGGAGAUACCACGAAGUAGCGACACUGAGCUUGAAACAGCUGCAGCAGCGGAACACAUUGCUGGAAGUACGGAGCAAAGUGGCACCGAAGGUUCCAGUGGUAGACGAAAACGUGUGCACGAUGUGACAGAUUCCAUUGAACGGCGAGAAAUCAAACGGCAGAAACGCAUGGAACGACGGAAACGUCGUGCCGAUAUUUUGUGGAACUACUACGAGAAUACGUGGUAUGCUGGCUCGAGCGCUGUUUUAAUGCUCGAAAUAGCACAUUCAAUUGGUCGGACCAACGUCGAGAUGAUGUGGAGUGCUGUGAUUGGUUUAAGCAGUCAGCUGGCUGAAUACCUCAUCAGUCAUAGCUUCUACACGGCCACAUGUUUCGAUCGUUUGCGGCCUUUUAUCCGGAAAUUUAUACCAGAAAGUACCGAUGCCACACGAGGCGAUGAUAUGCUUCGAUUGUCUAUCGAUUGA